ACUUACAUUACUCCGCAAAUCUCAUUCGGGCCCGAUGGAGUCGUUGCAAUCAGCUGGGCAACACAUUUUAUGAUAAACAAGUAAUGAAAGAGACAUACACGCAGUCAAAUGAUGGAAGGUAUACUGUAUAAAUGGACCAAUUACAUAAGUGGUUGGCAGCCUCGUUGGUUUGUGCUUGAUGGAGGAACUUUGUCAUACUACGACUCUCAAGAAGAUGCCUGGAAAGGCUGCAAGGGCAGCAUUAAAAUUUCAGUUUGUGAAAUCCAAGUUCAUCACUCUGACUCUACUCGAGUUGACUUAACGAUACCAGGAGAGCAGUACUUUUACCUCAGAGCCAUCAAUGCAGCAGAGAGGCAGAAAUGGCUGGUGGCUCUGGGAACAGCCAAAGCCUGCCUUACAGACAACCGAACUAAAAGAGAAAAAGAGCUACAGGAAAACACAGAGGCACUGAAAACUAAGAUGUCAGAGCUCAGAUUGUACUGUGACCUUCUUCUCCAGCAAGUUAACAAGAUCAAAGAGAAUGAUGAGCUACAAGAAACAUCAGCAGAGACUGGCAUAGACACUGGAAACAUGGUGAAGUCAACAUGCACUACUUUUCUUAAAACUCUGGAGGAAUGCAUGCAAAUAGCAAAUCGUACUUUCAGUGCUGAUGUGGCAACACACAGUCCACCAGGAACUCCCCCAGUUGCAGCCAUAAAACCACAGAAGCAGGUUAAACCUGUCAACCAUGCAAAUCAGAGCCUUGAAGAAAAGUGGAGAGAUUUGACAGAAACCUCAGGAGAAGCAGCUGCACAUGACAACCAGAGCCUUGACUUUAGAACAGAGGGAUCAGAUGUAUCAAAUAGGCUGGAUCUGCAUUCUUCCACAAUAGACAUGGAAUCAUCCAUCAGCUUGGUUCAUGAGGAGCAAGUCGAUUGUGCAUCAUACACUAACCAGAGUGUCUGUGAGACUGAACACUAUGACCAGCCACCAGGGGGAACAGAGGAAACUGAAGCUGCUGCUCAAAAUGAAGUGAAACAACAGAAACACAAAGUGGACCAAAGUCAACAGCAUGAUGAUGAUGACAGUAGGGAAGAAAAUGCUGUCCCUCUCCUGCAACAAGACGCUGUUUUAGACCAAAAGGAGGCUCUAGAAGAAGGCAAGACUCCUAAAGAUUCAUCAGAGUCAGAAAACACAGAGCAGGUGGAAACUUUCUUCAGCACAAUGAGUCACAGAUUUAGUGAUAUAAGACUGGAUGACGACAAUGGUAUCCCUACACAAGCGUUUUUGGAUUCAUGCUAUGCAAUAGUGCCUGUAUUAGACAAACUGGGAUCCACAGUUUUUGCACCAGUUAAAAUGGAUUUUGUUGGAAAUAUUAAGAAAAUUCAACAGAAGCUGAUGUCAGACCCUGACAGCUUCCCCACGCUUCAGUCCAUUGUGCUGCAUGAAGUGCAGACAGAUGUUGCCCAAGUGCGCAAUUCUGCAACGGAGGCUCUGCUGUGGCUCAGACGAGGUUUGAAAUUCCUUAAAGAAUUUCUCUCAGAGGUCAAUGCUGGGCAGCAAGACAUCCAGGGAGCACUUAAUAAUGCUUAUGGAAGAACUCUUAGGCAGUACCACGGAUGGGUUGUUCGAGGUGUAUUUGCUCUGGCACUGCGAGCUGCCCCAUCGUAUCAAAGUUUCACCGCUGCCUUAGUGUCAAAAGAGGGCGACGAGCUGAGGACCGACUUUAUAAGUGGCAUGCACAGAGACUUGGGAGUGUACCUGCCUGCAAUGGGGAGGCAGCUGGCCAUCCUGGAUGCGCUGUAUGAAGAGUACAACCUAGAGUCUGAUGAGGUGGUGUGACACUCAAACAAGAGCUGUUUAGAGCUCAAGGAAGUCGAGAGCCUGUGGGAAAGGGUAAGGUAGUGGCAAACUGCUGAAGAAGGUGCCAGAUGCUUGAGGUGCAUCUUUAUAUGUACGUAUGUACAAAACAAUGUGAACAUGUGUCAUGGCAACAUGAAGUGUUUCAGUGGUUUUUAAACUCUACAACAGGUCUGGGUCUGAAGGUGGUAUUAACGUCUGUAUUUCAGAGCCCACAGGGAGAUCUGUAACAAGUAUCAGUGUGAUAUUGUACUUUGAAGAAACCUAAAUUUCAGGUCUUGUUCAAAAAGACCUGUGACAGUAAAAGGGUUUCAAACCCUAUUAUGCACACUCCAACAUUUGUUUCUGAUUCACAUCUUCUUGUUGUUCUGCAGCAUUAUUAUUAUACAUAUUUCAAGGUAAACAACUAGAUCAUAUUUUGUUCCAUUACUUCCCUGGAAGCUCAUUUAUUAUUCCCUUUGAACUGAUGAGAAUAUGAAAGUUUAAUCAAUAGUGUUGUUUCCUGGGUUUCAUGACACAUGGUGAUACCUUAAAAUAGCACAAAGCACUUGUUGACAAACAAUGCCACAUUGUUAAAAUGCGCAAUACACGUCUUAAGUAUGUAAAAGUAUGGCAUACUGGACAAACUUUCUUGCAGUAUUUUGUUUUUUUAUAUAUAUACUUUGCACUGAAUGAUUUUAAUUGUAGGUUUUGAUCAAAAUUAUUGAAUAUUCUUCCCCUCAAAAUUUAGGUAAUACAUUUGAGUGUGUAUGUAUCUAACAUGUCCUUGUCUAGAGCUUUUCCAUGGGACCAAAAAAAUUACUUGUGAUUGGCUUUAACUUCUGCUGCGAUAGAAACACAAGAACGAAUUGUUACAGCUGUGACAACUGUUGUUUAUGGGGACUUGCUCUGCACAUAUGCAUAGUAUGCAUACUCUGUGUCUAUUUAUUGUGUCUUAAGUUAUCAAGUUCAAAUUAACAACAUGCAGAUCAUUUCAGUACAACUGUUGUGUGAAUGUAUGGACAUUUGUAUCAAUAAGGCAUGUUUACUGAGAGCAUGUUUUAUGUAUUAAGUAACAAAGGUGCCAGUAAAAACUGAAGCCAAGGGCUUGAAAAAAUAAUAAUCCUAAAGAUGAUUGUGAACUUUAAAAAAAUGUUGCCUCUUUGUUAUGUCUGUACUGAGAUUAUCAGUCAUCUCUAGCUCAAAUCUAAUUUACAGAUUUCAGCUUUUGCUUUUUUUCCAACAUCUUUUCUCGGCCCCCUUUUGAUGUAAAAGUAAGUGUUAGUACUGAUUUUGGUUCAGUAAUGAAAAUGGAGAGUGAUAGUCCACAUUCAGGCCAGAUGAAAGUCAGGCCACAUGUCAGCUGAAUAAUUUGAACAAAGCAGGGAUUUUAGUAACCUUUACAAAGGGUUGCUGUACCUCCAAGUAUUUCUACAUGUUUUUAAUCUUUCUGAAAUGCAAUCUGUACAAACUCCUGUACCAUUAAUAAUUCUUUGGACAUUUUGUUUACAACACAGAUGUGCAAUGGACUGAUUUCCAGUUGCAGACUAGUUUCGAUAUUAAAUCUGUUGUUCAAGUAAUUGAUUUUCUUAUAUAUGAAUUUUUAUAAGACACUAUUUGAUUUUUACCUAAUAAAUGUAAAUACUGUGUAACUUCA